ACCUGAGGACCUGGCAUACACCGAUCUAACUUGUUGAGCUGAGGCCUAGGCUUUCUCUGGAAGUUUUCCCUGCCUACUUCUGUAGUUGGGCGCUAUGCAUCCAGACCUCGGAGCCUUAUGGACACUGCUGUAUGUUCUUGUGAUUCUGUGUCCUUCUGUGAGUUCAGACUUGGCACCGUAUUUUAUCUCCGAGCCACUCUCUGCUGUCCAGAAGCUUGGUAGACCCGUGGUCCUACAUUGUUCUGCUAAACCUGUUACUGCCCGCAUCUCAUGGUUGCAUAAUGGAAAACGAUUGGACAGAAACACAGAACAGAUUAAGAUUCAUCGAGGGACUUUGACUAUUCUGUCUCUUAACCCUUCCCUUUCUGGUUGCUACCAGUGCGUUGCCAAUAACAGCGUGGGCGCCAUUGUGAGUGGCCCUGCAGCGGUGUCAACCGCAGCUCUGGGUGAUUUCGAUUCAUCAACUAUGCCUGUUAUUACUGCAGAAGAGAGAAACACGGGUUUCAUUGGCUGCAGGGUACCAGAGAGUAACCCCAAAGCUGAGGUGCGCUAUAAGAUCCGGGGGAAGUGGCUGAACUAUUCCACAGGAAACUACAUAAUCCUUCCUUCAGGAAAUCUUCAGAUUUUGAAUGUAUCCUCAAAGGAUAAGGGCUCAUACAAAUGUGCUGCUUAUAACCCUGUCACGAGUGAACUGAAAGUUGAACCCACUGGCCGGAAGCUCCUUGUGAGUCGUAAGUAUUUGGGAGGAUGA